AUGGCGACGGAAUUCCUCGCCGAGAAUAAUGUGUGUGGUCAAACGAUUCUGCAGAUCGUCGCGGAAGGCAACACCAUCAUAUGCGAACUAUUGCGGCUGAAGGAUUACGUACCCGAGCUAUUCUACUUGAAAACGAAGGACGAACAGCAAAAGUAUGGCGAAAUCAUUAAAGAUUUUGGGUACUUUCAAAUUGCCGAUGCACAGGAAGCAAAGAUCGAAGCGGACGAAAAGCUGCGGCUGCUUGAUGAAGAACUGCGGGAAAACUACAUCGUCACGCUCAAUAGAUUCUAUAUCGUGUUUGAAAGCAUUCACAAGUACGUGAAGGACCUGAACACGUUCAUCGAGGAACUGAACACGGGCCUCUUCAUACAGCAGUCGAUGGAGAAGGUGUUCCAGGAUGCGGAAGGAAAACAGCUAAUGUGUGAAGCAUUGUACCUGUACGGAAUGAUGCUGCUGGUAGUCGAUCUACACAUCCCCGGCCUCGUAAGAGAACGCAUUCUGGUGUCCUACAACCGAUACAGCGCACUGAAAACCCACAGUGACAGUAGCAUCGACGAAGUGUGCAAGCUACUGCGUUCGACCGGGUUCAACGAUGGUGUUCCCGGUAGCACCGGUGGAACACUUGGCCGUAAAGUGGCCAGCUACCCGGAAGACUUUUUCGCCCGCGUCCCCAUCAGUCCGCUGUACAUUGAAAUGGUCAUUGGUCGGUUACGAUCGGAUGACGUGUACAAUCAAAUCGCAGUUUAUCCCCUGCCGGAACAACAUUCAACGGCCCUCGCAAACCAGGCCGGAAUGCUGUAUGUGUGUCUGUUCUUUUCUCCCAAAACACUACACAAUCAAUCGGCACGAAUGCGCGAAAUCGUCGACAAGUUCUUCUCGAACAAUUGGAUCGUAUCGCUGUACAUGGGCAUCACGGUUAAUUUGAUAAGUGCCUGGGAACCGUUUAAAGCCGCCAAAACGGCACUCACCAACACGCUCGACAAUGCAAAUCUGAAGGAUAUAUGUCACCGGCAAAAGCAAUCGAUGGAAACACUCCUUAGCCGCACCCGGAACAUUCUGCGCGAAGGGAACCUAAGCGAACAGAACCUACUCGAUCAUAUGCCGCGCGUGAUGGCUUUGGUGCGUGACUGUAACAUUACCGUGCGCUGGAUAAUGUUGCACACGAGCAGUGCUAACACGCUUGAUGUCGGUACGACAGCAGCCACGAAACGAUGCCGCCAGGUUCGGGAACUUAUCGAGCAGGAGAUCGAGUUCCGGGGUGUGCUAUUUUUCGAGCUACUGCUCAACACGAGCCAGCUAGAGUUGAAGGUGCGUGAAAUGUUGAAGCGGCUGCUGGAGGAACGCGACGAUCGGUGGGCGGACUAUCGCCGGGAAGCCACUGAUCGUAUGCAGGACCUAGCGGAUGCGUUUUCUGGCGAGCGGCCGUUUGUGAAAACGCGUAAAAACGACAGCCUUAGCCGAUGCUUCGCAAACAUACGCAAAGAGAUCGAUGGGCUGAGCAGGGAGGAGAAGCAUUUGAGUCAAACCGGGCGCACGAUCAUUCAGCUGUUGCAAGCCUUGGAGGAGGUGCAAGAUUUUCACGGGCUGAAUCGCAACAUGCAGGUAAAACAGCAUAUAGUCGAGACGCGCCAGUAUCUACACGAAAUGUUCCAUACGAUCAGCAUCAAGGAGAACGAUCUGAUUAAUCUGCAGCUGAUAGGAGAUUUUAGUUACGCCUGGCGACUGAUCGAUGGGUACACCGGGAUGAUGCAGGAAAACAUUCGCCACCAGCCGAGAUUGGUGAUCAAGUUACGGUCCACAUUCCUGAAGCUCGCAUCGGCACUGGAGAUACCGUUGCUGCGCCUGAAUCAAGCCGAAUCGGAACAUCUGAUCGAUGUAUCGCGUUACUACAGCAACGAGCUAGCGAACUUUGUUCGGAAGGUGGUACAAAUCAUUCCGGAAACGAUGUUUACCCUACUGGCUCAAAUCGUUGAUCUGCAGACGAACGUGCUGAAGGAACUUCCGGCCCGGCUUGAGAAGGAACGCAUGAAGGAGUACGCACAGUUCGAGGAACGGUUCCAAAUAGCGAAGCUUACCUACACACUGUCCACCUUUACCGAAGGCAUUCUGGCGAUGCAGACCACGCUUGUUGGGGUGGUCGAACUCGACUCGCGGAAACUGCUUGAGGAUGGCAUACGCAGGAAGUUGGUGCAGAAUGUUGCCGACGCGUUUCAUCAGCAACUUGUGUUUGGUCAAAAGGUAAAGGAAUCGGAACUGUUCCCAAAGUUAGACUCGCUGUACAAGAUCAUCCACGGGUAUCGACGUUCGUUUGAGUACGUCCAGGACUAUCUCAACAUUCAUUGUAUGCGCAUCUGGAACGAAGAGAUGGCCCGCAUCAUUCGGUUUAAUGUGGAGAAAGAGUGUCAACCGUUCCUGAAAAGUAAACCACACGAAUGGGAACAGCCUGGCGUGGGGUUAAAUGAUGACCCUGACGGAAGUUUGGUACCAAUUCCGAUCUAUCAGCCAGUCGACAUGACGUCGAUUAAUUUCAUGGGACGAUUGGCAAGAGAGGUUCUGCGUAUUACGGAUCCAAAAACAACGAUCUACAUUGACAUUUGCUCCAGCUGGUACGACUACAAAACGCAUAAGUUGCUGCUAACGAACAAAUUUGCCAACAAAAUCAACGAAACGUUCGGUCCUGCUGGUCUGAUCGGACUCGAUCGGUUGUACGGUGCGAUGCUCAAAUCCGAACUGGAAACCCUGCUUGGUACGGUUCAGCGCAAAAUCCAACACGAAGCAAACUGGAGCGAUGUGUUGUCGGGAAUUAAAAGUGACCUGGAGCGUGCGGAUAUCGUGGGCAAUCCUGUAAAAACCUACCCUACAUUUAUCUCGAGUACGUCACGCUUCUUUAGCUCCAGUUCGGCAGGCGAUUGGUUGUUGAAAAUUGGCCAGAAACAAACAGUUCGCUGUCAGCUUGCGCUGGAACUCAACUGCAGUUGUAAGAUAAGGGCAACAAAACUGGAAGCUUCUCUUAGAACGUUAAACGAAGCAAUUCUGCUUGACUUUGAGCGUCACAUGCUCGAUGAAACUCAACCACUCCCACGUCCCGAAUUGAUAGGGGAACUGAACACAUAUCUGCUGUUUGCCGGUUUGUACGAUCCUUACCGGAAGGUGUACAUCAAGCAGGAACCGCCACGUUUCCUACCGCUCGUACUGUUUCUGUUUCUCAUCUCUACACUGCCUAAGCUGCAGUACAUGGAAAAUGUGGACAGUUUGGUAGCCAAAAGGAAAAACGAGUCGAUCGAUGGCCAUCCGCUAACGAUCGGAUUACUAACCGUGUUGCGGCAGUUCGAUGCAACCGAGACGGACAUUUUCCUGCAGUAUCUGUGCCAGUAUGUGCUAUCGUUUGUGCACGCUAAUUUAGAAGCGAAGAACGCUAUAGGCGUUGAAGCAUUAUCCGCGCUGCGGUUUUUAGAGAUCUUUACCCGGGUCGCGGAUAUACCGAGAAGCUAUCUGGAGCAGUACCUUUCAGCGGUUAUCCUGGACCAGUACAUAUUUGUGUCGGAUAUUAAAUGA